UCUAUCAUGAGUCAUGACUGCUUAUAAUUGGUCCAAGUUUUUUCACUCUUUACGUCACGGUGGGCGUUUGCAGCCUGACACACCCCAGUGUGCGGCGGCGUGAACAGUGAGUGCUUCGUAAUGGCGGACAAACCCAGAAAAUACAACAGUGGAGCGCUGAAAAGAAAGAAGAAGAAGGAAAAGGGGGAACGCGACAAAGAGGUGCUUCAGAAAAUACCAAAGCUAACAGGUUUUUUUAAACCACUGAGCGAAGAUGGAGCUGCAGGAUCUUCCUUGCGUUCUGUAAACAUUAGCUUUGCUAGCAGCAUUGCAGUUCGGCCAGCUGAUGUUCUAGCAGUUGCAGAGGAAACAAAGACGCCAGACUUGGGGGAACCUGCUGAGACCAUGUCCACCAUGGAUUAUCUUUUCCCGCUGGAGAAUGAUUGUGGAAGAUUGGCGGCAGAAUCCGAGGCUGCAGAGAAGGCUAAGACGACGAACCCGGGGGGACCUACUGAGGCCACGUCCACCAUGGAUUAUCUUUUCCCGCCGGAGAGAGAAUAUGGAAGUUUGGCGGUUGAAUCUGCGGCGGCAGAGGAAAAAAAGACGCCGGACCCGACAGCACCUGCUGAGACCACCAACAACACGAAUGAUCUUUUCCUGUCAGUGAGUGAUUGUGGAAAGUUGGCGGCUGAAUCCGCGGCUGAUGUUCCGGCAGCAGAGACGCUCGACCUGGAGGCAUCGGAGACCACCACGUCCUCCAUGGAUUAUCUUUUCCCAUCGGAGAGUGAUUGUGGAAAAUUGACGACCGCAAGUGCGUCUGGGCCACGGAUUGAAACUUUGGAUGAACCUUACAGUACGGAUCCAGCUUGCUGGGGAAAAUGUGAUGCAUCUGUGCGUGCCUACUGGGCUGAGCGAGGACCGCAGAGCUGCCAACACAUGGACGUAAAUUUUAAAGCGUCCGAACGUGUGUACAAACAGCAGAAGCGGUUCUUCUCCAGACUGCACUUUAAACGCAGACUCGCCAAUGGUGAGUAUGUCCAAAGACAGUGGCUGCUUUACUCUCCAUCUACCGGAGCUGUGUUUUGUUUUGCAUGCUGCAUUUUCAGUGAUGCUAAAAGCAAAUCGUGCUUUGAAACUGGUUUCAGUGACUGGAAACAUGCCACAAACAGGAUGAAAGAGCAUGAAAACAGUGAACAUCACAGAAAAUCUAUGCUGACUUAUAUCACACUUGGGUCAGCUGCUGGGAGGAUAGAUUCAGAGCUGGAAAAACAAUUUGAAUCUGAGAGUGCAUAUUGGACUGAAGUUUUGAGAAGAAUUGUGUCUGUUGUGAAGUUUUUGGCAGAGAGAGGACUUGCUCUUAGAGGAUCUAGUCAUGUUUUUGGCAGGACUGAUAAUGGUAAUUACCUGGGCCUUCUGGAGUUAAUCAGCGAGUUUGAUCCCUUUUGAAGUCUCACAUAGAGAAAUAUCCCUACUAACACAGAAAGUCGCCACAACGUCGCAUUUUGCGACGUUUCGUUUGUGACGUCGUGACAACGUAGCUGCUACGUUUAGGUUACUACGUUCCACAGGGGACGUUGUUGGUACAUUGCUGAAACGUCACACUACAACGUCCUCCAAAAGUCGCUUUACAACCUCUGUUAAAUGUCCUCUCUGCAACUUAUUCGGCACUUUGAAUAACAACGUUGCUGCUACGUUGUUACAACGUGAUAACUGUAGUUCCAGAAUAAAUAAAAUUUUAGAGAUUUUAUCAAAUUAGAUUUUCAGCUUAUCCAUGAAAAAUAACACUUAUUAUUAGAGUUUUGACAAUAAUUAAAUAAACAAUUAGUAGUUGCAGUACUUAAAUCAUGUUUAUAGCUAAAAUGUCUUUCUAAUUAAAAAAAUGGGACUUUUUAUUUUAUGAAAAAAACUUUUCUAAACGUUGUUUACUGAAAAACUCAUUUUUGCCGUUUACAAAUGUUUACUUUCUAAAAUCUACCAGCAAGGAAAUGUAAGCUAAUUUACAUGUUACUGGCCUCACUGCAUUCCAAUGGAAUGGCUUGUUGCAACAACCCUGUUCCAGCCAGUUCUCUGAUUUGUUAUGGUCAUCACAUGUUCCACACCAUCUUCCAAUCAGCUUACUCUGCCUCUUUUUUUUGUUCUUAUUUCAUCCCUUGUUUUUUUUCCACAAGAUUAACAGUUAGUUGCUCUUUGCUAUUUGGCUACUUCGGAUUUAUUUGUCAACCACUCACUCCUUAGUUCGCUUGCUUCAGGUGCAUUAUUGUUACUGGACAGCAAACAAAACCACAUUCAGGAACCUAAAUGUGGAACAUCCAUCUCCUGAUUGGACUCAGCAUAGAGUAAGGCUAUUUCAGCGCCAAACAGAGGAAUAUGAAGAAGCCAAGCGUCUUGCCAGGCAGUACCUGGAAGAUUCCCAAGCCGAGAGUGAGAGAGAGGUGACCAAACGAAAGGUUAAGAACAAUAAGCGGUACCUGUCCAGCUCCGAUGAUGAAGCAGGUCCAUGCUCUACUGAGAGAACGACAGUUCCCAUGGCAGAGAGAAUGCUGCCGCUGAUAGAACCAUCCAGCAGAGAUGUUCCUGUUUCGAAGAGGACAACACUGCCAGCUGAGUCCCUCAACGGUGAAGAUUUAAUGGCCACAAGUACACCAAGGCAAAGAGUCACCCCAAGGCAAAAAGCCACUGAAGGCAAGUAACUUAAAAUACCUCUACCAAAACCUAGAGUGGUGUAUUAAAAUGUUUUGGUAGAUUUUUUUUUUGAGAACCUAUCAUUUUAUCAUUUCAGAUCAAGCAGCAGACAUCGCUGAUGUUUUAAAGAAUAUUGCUGCAAUCACAGGUGAGAUUGAGUUCCCCCUUCUUAAAAGGUCCACUUAUAAGUUAAAUCUAUUAUUUGUGUUGUAAUGUAUGAUUCUUCUUUUGUCCAAUAUAUCUGCAAGUCACUGCUGAUCAAAGUGAACAUGAUGGAGGGGAAAAUGCACGCCAUGGAGAAGCUGCUCCAUAAUGUGGCUUCUCAGCAUUCUGAGAGCCAAACUCAAGAUGAUCUGCGCCUGUAGCCUUGUAAAGAUGCGGAGGACUUUACCUUGCUUGACAAUAACUUGCAGGACAAGGCAUAUUUCCAGCAAGCUGUCCGUUUUCUAAGCCUCAUUGGAGGACGGAAGCUGGGAAAAAAUACAAGAAGGACCAUGCUGGCUGUCGCCAGCAAUGCUGUUUGGUGUGGAUACAGCCUGCAUGGGAAGAAGCAGAAAGCCAAGCUGUGUAACCUUAAAAUAUUUAGGCUGAUCAAAAGUGAGUUGAUGCUUUUUACUGGACUUGUUUUAUAGAAUUUCAUUAAAUCUUUUUACAGCUGUCUGUCACAACUGUAAAACAGUUUCAGUAAUCUUAAGGUUUCCUGUAUAUCACCUGUCUGUUCCCACGUGCUGUGAAGACCUCGCUUCCAGACUCCACAGAUAAGGACAUAGAGGUGCAAAUAAUGGAGGUCCUAAAGCAUGCUCCCCAGAAAGUCAGAAGAGAGGCUGAAGCACAGCAUCGUGCCACACAAAUGGAGGCCCAUUCUUCUGAGGAGGACUAAGUGAACCUGCACCCUUUCUGUUUUAUUUUUCAGUUUUGUUCGCAAUUUUUGAUUUUUCUAUUUAUAUAUCUAUAUAUUUUUGAUCAUUUUUUUAAGCGCCUUGUGAUUUUUAUUUUGAGAGGUGCUAUAAAAAUGUUUUGUUUAAAUUGUGUAUGCAAAUGUCAAAUCUUUAUGUAAUAAAAAGCUGAAAAGUCA